AUCAGAGUCGUCGUGGCCGUCAUUCCAGCGACCGAUGCUGUUCGAUUGCUUCGCCACUCGAAUCUCGAAUUUAGACGGCGAGCCACGAAUCACGCCAUUGUGCAAAUUCGCUGCUGCCGCGCUGUCGGCCGCCGAGUGAGGAGUGAGUGAGAGAGAGCAAUCCAUCGCGUGCCCACGAGGCAUAUAUUAUCUCGGGACCGAAACAAGGAUCUCGCCCCCGAGGGUGGGGGUGUGCAGCAUAUAAAAAGAAUCAGAGGGAGGAAAUUGAAUAAGCAGAACGACAUGCAGCAGCAGAAGAGGACGUUGGCUGUGGUGGCGGUGUUGGCCGCCGCCGCCACUUGUGCAGCAGCGACGCCGCAGGGUGACAGCAUGAUCAGGGACAUGGAAAUCAUCAGAAAGUGCAACUAUACAUCACCCGUGGCAAAAGACGUGCUCAACUCUGCUUUGAUCAACAAAAUCUUGCUGGACGCAAACAACUACGCAUUCAAGUGUUUCCUGCACUGUCUCUACAGAGAAUACGGAUGGAUGGACCAUCGCGGCGAAUUCCAGCUGAGGCCAAUGAAAGAGUUCUUGCACGACGCUCGCCUGCCAGUCUCCGUCAUCCGCAAAUUGCUGCUUUUUUGCACUGACACGGAAUCUAGGGACAAGUGUGACAGAGCCUACGACUACACCCAGUGUUUCUGGGGCGUCGUGAAAAAGCCGCACCACCUGGAGGAGAGCCAGGAGCUGGACCAAGACCCCUUCGGCGUAAGCGAUGACUUUGAAACGCCUUAUCACCUGCUCGGCGACGAAGCCAACUGAAAUCGAUACCGCUCUAAUCAAAUGACAGCACCCACGCAAAUUUCCUCUAUAUACUUGUACCAAUAUAAUUAAUCAAACUUCAUCAGCCGCCAUACUCUCUAUAAAUUAUAGCAAUUUAAGAAUGAAAAUACGUAUAUGAUUAUUUCGUAUCUUGUGUACGUCCUAUUCCAUCUUACUUAACAUUAUACAACACGGUUGACACGUUUUUCAUUUUGUCAUGCCAAAAGCUUUAAUUUGGUCAUUAGAUUAAACUGAUGGCCGUAAAAUGUUUAUUAUUUAAUUUGUGGAGUUUCGUAAUAAAUUGCUUUAAGUCAGCUUAAAA